AUGUCUUCAGUGGACCAACUGCACAUCCAGCCGUCGCAAUAUCAGUACCUGCUAUCACCAAGAAUCAAUACAGGCACAUUCCCACUUAGAUCACCGCCGCAGCCAAACCACAUGAGCAAACUCACACAUGCGAUACUGGAUGAUAAUAGUGGUGGAAUCAAAAACCAUGCCCUGACUUCUCCCGCUUCAGGUUAUUCAAAGUCGGGACCGGCUGAAAAACUAGAUACCGUCUCUCAAAAAUUUGCAAACUUUUCAAUCCGAUCCAGAGACAAUCCAGGUGCUGAGAAAAUGUCGUCGGUUUGCCGGUUUUUAGACCAACUUGUCAACUUAAAAGAUGCCCACUCCAUUAUUCAAAACCCUAAGGAUUUUCUGUUUUACAAGUCUUUGGAGCAGGAAUACAAAUUGAAUACACAUUGCGAGCCGAAACACGAUUCCCAUGAUGAUGCGUUUAGCUCCGUUGCUGCUCACUUGGCCAUUCCGUUUGAUUUAUGGUUGAGAGAUGAAAUCUGUAUCAAGGAUAUCAAUGUUAAAGUGACCAUGUUGAAGGAAAUUAAUGGAAUGAUCAAUGCGGAGUUAAAAGACAUGUCCAAUCAAUCUACACUUGAGGUAACUUUAAACUAUUACAGUAAAUUACUCACUGCUUAUAAUUUUUACGAGAUUCCAGCGAGAAACACGACUUACAAGCAAUUGACUAGUAAUGAUCAUGAUCAGAAUUACAAAUUUCACGACUCGAUUAAUGAAGAGCUAGAGGUGAAUAAACACAGGGUUAGUUCUGCUACAGAUUUCGACUUUGGACUGUUGGAAAAACCGUAUUUCCAUAACAGCAACAACAGUAGUAGCGAAGUCAACAGCAACAGCAACAGCAACAGCAACAGCAACAACCACAACAGCAACAAUAGUCGAGCAAGUAUUAGUAGUAACCUGUCAAGGAAACGGUUUUCGUCAUUUUUGAAUGGUGGCAAUAGUAAUAAAGAAGGUGCCAACGUAUCGACGUCCCCACCUGAGCAGCGUGAUGCCAGUCAUCGCCGAUCUCAAUUGCUGACCCCAACAACUCCACCCCAACCUCAAUUCAAGAACUUUUCAACCACGUCAACUCCAUCAACAAGUUUCUCAUAUCACCAACAUCAACAUCAACUGGAUCGAAGUCCAACCCCGAAGAGCCGCUUGAGUGAAGAUGCCAACGGCACACCAAACUCGCUAAACAGUGGAGUGAACAGCAUAUUAUCGAAACUGAGAUUGUACAAUAGGAUAAAGAGGAAUCGAGAGCUGGGCUCGUCUGUAAAUUCCAAUUUGUCGCAUCAAAGUAAUUCUAGUAAUAGAAACAGUGUUACUACGAACGCAUCGGGUAGUUCGCGUCGAAAAAGCCUGGUCACUAAUGUCAAACAUCUUUUCGGUGGAGCAGGAAGUACCAGUGGUAAUGCUAGUCUUGCAGGCGAUGUAUCGUCGUUUGAUUCAUCGAGGACGUUGAUGCCUCCAGAUUCCCUCUACUCAAAUGAAUAUGUUGUACUUACAAAGCAAGAGAAGCUCGAGAACAGUAAAGAGAAGCAUGAAUAUUACCGCCAAGUCGAAGAGUUGGUGAAACAAAGCAGAUGGGUUUUAUCUAUUUUGUUCAAUUCUAGUGGUCCCUCAAGUGAUAAAGAUAAUUCCAAACUUGAGAAAUUGAUUGACUUUAUCACGUCGAAAGUGUUUCAGUUCAUCUUGAUUGACGCUAUCACCAUGAUUUUAACUUAUUGUGAUUUGAAAUGUUGUAAUUUUAAACCUGUAUAG